UUUUCGAAAUAAACAUUUAGAAGAAUUUUGUCAAUCAGCUCCAGAGAAAUGUAAUAUCAAUUUAAAAUUACCCUUAUUACGUCGUGAUCCAAAUAAUUCACUGCUAAUCGAGGUUAACUUUGAUAAUCAAUUAGUUGAAGUCUUACGAGAAGUCCACUACUUUCUAAUGCUUAGCGGUGAAUCGAAAUGUGGCGAAAUAUCCCCUGAAAGUAUCGUUUACGAAUUACCCGAAAAGUUAAAAAGCCGUCUACCUCAUUCAACAUUAGAAAUGUAUGAAAAAACUGAAUCUCUGCGGGAAUCUAGGCUUAAGUUAGCUCAAAUACAAUAUGCUUAUAAUUCAAUUAAACAACAGACAACACCGGUUGAAUAUGCUUUAAUCUCAGAUGAAGUGGACACAUUCAAUGAAACAUUGUCACCAGCAUUGAGCACAAUGACAUGGGAGAAUG